AUGAUGAUUUUCUCCGGGAUGAACAACCAGUACGCCCGCCGGGAGGUCUUCUGCCGGAACACCUGCCGCGAGCUCAGACGCUUCUGGGAAGGGGAGAUCGGCAAACAGACUUACUACCGCGAGUCAGAGGAACACCGCUUGGGGAGAAGUGCCCUGAGAAAGCUCAGAGAAGAAUGGAAGCAGAAACUGGAAACAAAGCUGAGACUGCGGAACAAUCCAGAUGAGACUGAAAAGCGGGCCAGUGACACCAUCUCCAUCAACCACAACUGCGUCAACAGCUGUAACCCGGCCACCACGUGGCACUUCCUGCAGUGGGAGCUCAAUGCCCUGCAGCAGAUUGGUGACCAUGAAGUCGUGUUGCGGAUCGAUUAUGAAGAACUUUACCACUUCCUCACCAUCAUUGCUGAAAUCCAGAAGAGAUGA